CACCACAGCAGUGUUUUCAUGGGCCCAACUUGACGUUUCAACGGGAUUGUUAUGGUCCUGGCCAAGGCGUCAGCACUCGGAUAAUCGCCAGAAAGUGCUAGAAAAUACAUACUUAGGUAGCUGGCCGUGAGUCCGAUAUAAGACAUGAAGAAAUACAGAGAGCUAUGGAGAGUAGAUUCUGUGUUUUGAGCGACACCGAAGACUUCCAAACGUUAAUUACAAACACUGAGAACAAUCUCCACUUCGAAAGGUCUAAGAUACUGUUUGAAGAAAUUCGUGCCUCCAUCAACAACAAUGACGAAGAGGACCGCUCCUUCUGGAGGCCUGUGCUGCCUUGGGGGGGCGUCUUUACCAUAAAGGCAGGGCGGAAGGCCAUAUCCUGCACCCCUCUGUACGUCAAAAUCAACCUAAAAAACACCUGCACCAUCGAUGGCUUCCUCGUGAUACUGUAUGUGAUCCUGCGGGACAACCAUGGCUUUCCCCGGGAGCUGGCUGUCUUCCUGGGCAAGCAGUUUGUGGAGUAUUUCCUCUACCUGAUGGACUCCUGUGACUACACCACAGUGAAGAUGCUGUGGAUCUGGGACAGGAUGUCUAAAAGACAGUACCGCUCUGAGGUCCACCAGGCAGCACUGGAGAUUGACCUGUUUGGUAACGAGCAUGAGAACUUCACAGAGAACCUGGAGAACCUCAUGUCCACCAUGCAGGAUAGUCUGUGCACUAACUGGAGCUGCCGGACCCGCUUCCAGGAGUUCAUCAAGACUACAAUCAACAUCAGCCCUCCUCAUGAGCUGCCUCACAGAGACCCCAUUCAGUCGGCCGUGGACAAGUUCUUCUUCCCCAAACUCCUACUCUGCUCAGAACUGGGGUGCGAUGGUCUGAGGGAGUUCUCUCAGAGGGUUUUCUGCCACGGAGCCCCACCCUUUGUCAUCCUCAACAUGCAGCAGUGGAAGUCCGAGGAGCUGUCCUAUGUUCCUUACCAUCUGGCUCUCUGCCAGCACAGGUACUUACUAGAGGGCGCCACACUCUUCAACAAGGAGGAGCAUCACUACUCUGCAGCCUUCCAGAUAGACGGCUGCUGGAUGCACUAUGACGGUCUGAGGAGUGACAAUCUCAUCCUCUUACACCGGCCGCCGGAGCUCCUGCUGCUGUCCUCUCUGGUUUACAUCCGCUCCUCCGACAAGUGAACUCAUCUUAUCACAAGUGGACACACACACACACACACAGAAGAGCAGGAGUCCCACCAAGCAUUCAUCCAACCACCUUCCUACGAUUAUGUUGCCAUGACCCCCCUGGAUGGCAUUACUGUAACCAUGUUUCUGUACGAAAUAAUCUUCCUUGUUUUUUUUAACUAUUAAUUCCUGUCAGCUGUUGCUUCCUCUGCUGAACACAUGCUCCACCUGGAUGCGUAAUGUGCAAAAUGGAAUUGACUUAUUGUUGCACAUGCUUGGAAUCCAAGAGUAUAAUGGACUAUAAUAGUUCUGGGUUGAUAUGCAUAAAUGACAGUAGCAGUGAGUAAUGCAUAUAGUAACCCGACACACGAGGGAGAUUGAUUAAAAAAACGCCACGGUUCUAAACUAGAUUAAACUCUGAGCGUUUGCAUUUGCCAUUAGGCAGCCUUGUUAAGAAGACACUGACUAUAUCACGUCUCCAUUAAAAUAGCAAGUGUACAGUUUUUGCAGUUUAAUUUUACACGUAUCCAUAUCAGCUCUUUCCUUAAAUUAAACUGGUGCCUUUUCUAUUUACACUGUGGUCUGAGGAUAAGAAACAACCAGACAAGGCCAAUGUCUGUCAGGUUAAUUUAAUUUUCUUUUAAGAUGUCGAAAUUGGAUGCAAAUAUUUAAUAUGAGUUUUAAAAAUACAUCUUAAAUGAUGUAUAAAGGUUGAGGGCAGUCUUUUUCCUGACACAAGCUUAAAUAUUCAAAUAUAACAAGCUCAGCACACUAGUCACCUACACAGGAAACAUGUAUAUUUACAUGUUUUUAACCUUAAAGAAUAACUGGUGUCACACAGUGCCUCUGCAAAGUUUGUGAAAGUGAAUCCUGGCGAGUAUAAAUCCUUAAUCAUGAUCAGUUGUCAAUUGCUGUUUUUUUUUAUGCAGAAUACAAAUACAAAUAUUUUGGAGUACA